AUGACACCAAAUCAGAUAUGGCCCCUUCUGCUACCAGCCAGCCCUUGGCUCGUGGGCAGCCUGCCAGGAGACCGGGACUUGGAGACACGAGUCCAGAGUCUAGGCCACUGUCAGGCACACAAAAACGGAGAGAAGCCAGGCCUCCAUGCUCUCCCACUGCUUCCCAGGCAGGCGCCCUGCAGGACUGCACGGGGCGGCCCGCUGCUCCGCCGGCCCGGGCGCACCGCACACCCCCACACGCCUCUCCCGGGAAGCAGCUCAAGGACUGGCGGCGGGCGGGGCGGCGAGGCCUCGCCAGGAAGCCGAGGCUCGGGGCAGGUGGCGGACGGAGGGGGCUCCCAUGGGCAGAAGUGCCUGCGUCAGGAAAGGCGGCCGGGGUCGCAGCGACGCCCGGCAAUCGAGGGGACCCGCGCUGAACCACAGCUGGGAAAGCCCGGGGCCAGGCGGCGGGCUGCCGAGGGGGCCCCGCGGGGCCAGGCUGAGCGCGGCGGCGUCCCGGGGCUACCGCGGAGGCGGGGGCGGGCAGGACCCCUGGACCCCGCGGCCCAGACACCCCCGGGCCCGCGCGGUCCGCACGGCCGCCAGCGUCGCCAACUUUCCCGCCCCACCCCCGACUUUCGGUUUCCGUCUCCGCCGCUCCGAGAAGUCCCCUCAGAAGGCGGCGGCUCCGCGCCCGCCCGCGACCCAGCCGCCGCCCCUGACCCCGGCCGGACCCCGCACCCGGCCCACCCCGAACCGGACUCGCGCUGCCUCACCCAACGGUCUCCGAGCGCCCGGAACUCGGCGCCCGCGCGGCCACCGCCCCCACCGCCGACGGCCCGCCCCGCUCAGCCCCGAGCCCGCCUGAUGGACUAACGCAGGAGCCUACCACGAACGCGAAGGGAGCCGCGGAGAGCGCCGAUUGGCCGAAGUCACCCGCCGUGGGCCCGCCUCCUGACGGAUUGACACGGGAGCCUACCGGGAACGCUCAGGGAGCCGCAGCGGACGCCGAUUGGUCGGCGCUGCAGCGGCGUAGUACUUAAGCUUGCUAUGGCAGGUUGCAACACCGCGGGGUGUGGGUGCACACUCUGGGUCUGCUGUGAGGUCCGAUGCAGCUAGGGCCUGUAUGGGACCCUCUCGCUCCAUACUCCCGUCCCCACGGAGACUCGAGUCGCUGGAACAGAGGCGUAGUCCCCUUUUGAGAUUGUGAAACGUCUAGAACUAACUGGAUUGUAUACUUCAAAAGGUUUAAAUGGUGCUUUUUAUGUUGCGUGAAAUUUACCACCAAACAGAAGCGGCUCCUCUGCCUUCUUGACACAUGAAAGGGGCAUCGCUGGGAGGGCUGACGCCGUCAUCUCCACCAAGGGGUCAGCCAGGAGAGGACAGGAAUAGCACGUGGGCUUUGCCAAAAGAUGAGGUUGUGUGAGUUGCCGCGGCUGUCUCCCUGUGCUGGAAAAGAAGAAGGUUCACAGAGAGGUGUGGACCUCACCACAGAUGGGACUAGAUGCAGUGGACACCAGCUGCUCUGACUCGGUCACAGAGGAGAGGCCCCAUCAGCUGCCCACUCGACCUACAGAGCACUGGAGGUGACAACUGCCAGUGCCACCAGUCUGCCUGAAAGUUCCUCAAGGAAAGCAGCGGCCCCUGGGGUCCAACCCUGUCGUCCCUCUCUGCUGCUGCUUUCAUUUCAUGUCCAGCAGGGCCCUGUGGACACUUUUGAACACAACUGAGCACUCAGCUUUGCCCAGACAGGGCGGGUGCCCUUGAGGCCCAUGCCUCCUGUUCUUUACUCCCUCAGGCCUUCGGGGUGACAACCAACUUCCAUGUGGGGGCAGGAGGCACGAAGACUGGCUUCACCCCUACUUGGGGCCCUACACCUGGGAUGCCCCUCAUGUGACAGGUGCUGCUCCCAGGGAGAGAGUCCACCUCACAGAGGCCAGAGUCCCCUUGCUCACCCUAAAAGCUGGCCCUCUUUUUUCUCAGGCAUUUGAAGGUUGCCUUGUGCUGCCACUUCUGAAAGACACCAGUCCCCUGUCGGCCACUGUCUGACACACACUCCUGGAAAGGCCAGUACAGCUCUGAGCCAGGAUUUCUCCACACCAGCACCAGCGGAGGGCUUUCCCCUAGGUCAGUGCACAGCUCACAGCCAGCUAGGGAUGCAGGGGAUUCCAGGUCCUUCUUCAGCAUCUCCUCAGGGCCCUGUCGGGAUUGGGGGACCCUAAUGAGGGAAAGACAACGGCGAGUCUCCAGUGCCAGUGCUCUGGGGCCAGCAGGUGGACUGCCUCCUGGAGGCAGGAGUGGGGCACUCUCACCUCCAGGCAGUGGCUCAAAACACCUAAAGGGUCAGCCCAGGGCCACCCCCCAGGACCCCCUGUGUGAGGGUGAGCUCCGAGGUGACAUGGGCACCUGUGGGGAGGGCAUGGUGGGCAGCCACCUGUGCAGGGGGCCCCAUUCUGCACAGGCUGGGACUGAAUGGGUGGGUUGCCUUGUCUGUUUUCUGUGGACUUGGAAAGGACACACAGAAAUGGUGGGGCAAUGAACGGGGCAAUGUAACUUCGCAUGUGCCCGUGUCAGAAUGUUUCGGUUAGGCACAGUGGCCACACCUGUGAUCCCAGGGACUCCAGAGGCUCAAAGUUCCAGGCAACCUCAGCAAGACUCUGUCUCAAAUUAAAGAGGACUAGAGGAGCAGUGCAGUGGUAAAGGCUAGUGUCCCCCAAAGUUUCUGAUUUAAGCAACACAGGUCACUUGGGAAGGUCUGGAAAACACAGAAAGGACUGUGAAGAACGUAAAGAAGACACUCAGUUCCCUCAUACAAGACGACGCAUGAGGUGCAGACCUGCUUCAGCACGCCCCCUCAACCAGCCUCACAGCCACCUCACACCAGAGCCAAAGGGUCCAGUGCAAGAGCCAGCCUGGCCAGGCCUCUGCAGCAGCAGUACCUCACCUGGCCCCCCUCCUCCCCCUGCUUGGCAUGCACUGGGCCUUGUUUGGGUCUCAGGAUGAAGCUGGCCUCUCUCCUGGUGAGCCUGGUUUCCCACUCCCCACAACCUUUGUACUUAUACAGUGAAGUGGAAGCAAUCCCAUCAUGGGAGCCCUUCAGCAUGCCUGGGGCCUGACCUGGGGCCCAGUUCCCUGUCCUUCCUGGCUGAAAGGCCUGUGAUGGACAGAGCUCAGGUCCUGUGACCUCUUGUGCCACCUGCUGAUCAGAAUGGGAACUACUGCCUUGGCUGAUUGGGAGGCCACCCUGCCCACCAGUGGGGCAGUAGUCAUGACCUACAUCCUGCAGCUGCCAGAACCAUGCACGAGGGUCUCAUAGUAACCAAACCCCUGAGCCAGCAAGUGUGGUCACCUGGUAAGGCCACACAGUCCUGCAUCAGAGAUCCUCCUGGUGGCCUGAGGGGCUCCCCUCCACCAUGAGGCAGCUGGGUACUCCCCAGCCCCACAACACUGUCCUCCCACCUUCUGAACUUUUCCACCCUGGGCUGGAGUCCAAGCAAGCUGGCAGCUCUGCCCCUGCCCCUGUGCACAGGCCUAGCUGCUAGGUCAUACCCCGCUCCACCUAGUGUCUCCCCUCACCAUGGCUAUCUGCCUACCCUGCUCCUGACCCAGUCUAGGCCCCCUCUGCUCAGUGACUGGCAGAGCAGACUUGGGAAGGCUGCUGGGAAAAGCUGGAGGUCCUGGCGCCUAGCUUGCCCUCCCUGGACUCCGCCUACACACCCACCAGUGGAAGAGGCCCCUGCCCUGAACCCUGCAGUGUGAUGGGAGGGGGUCACCCACACACCAACUUGGCAGGUGUGGGAAUUGGUAACACUGUAGUCAUUUCUGUCUUUGAGUUUUCACAUCUGCAAAUUUAACCCUGUCAAAAUCCCCAUUUUAGCUGGGCACAGUGGCACACACCUGUAAUCCCAGUGGCUUGGGAGGCUGAGGCAGGAGGAUCAUGAAUUCAAGGUCAGCCUCAGCAAUUUAGUGAGACUGUCUCAAAAUUAAAAAGGG